CGUCAGUCUACGCACGUCAGCGUUCGCGAUCUAGUCGGCCACGUUCUUGUCAACUUGACAUGUACAUACUUGUUUCGAGCGAGAAUUAGACUUGUUUACUCAUUUCAUUAGACAUCGAGUUCAUAUUUUCCCAUUCCGCUGGCUCCAGGGUCGGACGUACGUCGGGGAAAGUGCAAUGCGACAGUUCUGUGCUACGUAUUUGGAAACUCCUCUGUUUUUCCCAUACUUAUGACUACGCAACUAGGAAGGCAAUGUGAUGGUGGACACUAUACUUGCACUGCUCCGAAAGAAUGCUGCAAACAAGGAUGCUGUUUUGUUAAUUCUGUACGGUCGCCUGUCUUCCAAUCUGGAAAUAUAGUUAAUCCUCUUUUCUUAGGUCACUGGUACUUUUGGUUAGCUGUUACGGCCACAGUAGCAGGCAUACUCUGCGCCUGUUCCUUAUGGAAACGUCACCACCAAGGGGGGAUCUGUUGUCGAAACUCAGGAAGAGAUGACAGAGCUUCUGAGCCAGAGUCAAAUGGGUCAUGUUACGCGCCUCCACAAUACAGCAGAUGUAAUAGUUUUUAUCAGCCACCACCACCGUACUCAGAGGUGACUUCAAAGCCAGAUUUGUACCCCUUGGUGAUAAGCUUCAAUGGAGAUCCUGUUAUCAAGGCAAAUAACGGCGCUUCAGGCUAUUUUAUGGUGCAAUAUUUUCGAAAUUUCAUCGUAAGGCCUGUUGGGUCCAUAUCUGCCACGAGCACUUUGGAUUCAUUGAGUUCCAGUUAUAUUUGUAGCGCCACGAAUGAGGCGAACAUCAUUGUUCCCCCUCCAUAUUCCGGGAUCAGCAGUUUGGAAGAAGUGACGUCAACGAACAACCCCGAAGGCUUUUCGAUGACGCAUUCCGUUUCGUCCAGCCCAAGUUCAGACUUGAACCAAUUUCUCUCCGCCUGUUCCAACAACGCGCCUUCGUCCCUCCAGAACACGCCCUCGCAUCGUCCACCCUCGAGGCCUCAUUCAAGGCCACACUCAGUGGUUUCGAUCAGGGAUAAUCCUUGCUUUACCCACGUCGCAACGAAUCAACCACUUUCACUUCAAGACACCGCUAGCGCGGUCGAAGACAGAACCAGCUGUGAUCCAAUGCCAUCUAAAGCCCCGAAAAGUAUGCUAACACGAAGAGCCUUAACGUUACCCGAGGGGGAAGACGCAAGAACAACGCCUAAAGAGCAGCAGAACCCUUCAUCUUCCCAAACCAUCGCUAGUUCGAACGCGUCCGUUAGGUACAGUUCUCUCCAGUUCGCCAGGAACUCUACCGGUGAUUCGAACUACCCCCUUGUGGACGUAGUCCACAGGAGUCAGCAGAUAGGCCAACAGAAGAGUCCUCCAGUGCAUCUUCCUAAGCAGGAAAGCAGGAGCAGGUCGUACCUCCAUAGGAUUAAGGCUAAAACUAUGUAUAUGCCGUUACACGAAGGGCCUAAUUUCAAUUCUAAAUCUAAGGUUUCGCCGAAUAGUUCUAAGCUCUUCAAUAAAGGCUGGCUGUCAAAAUCUGCUCCCACCACACCUUGCGGGAACUUUGCACCCAGUUUUCCUGGUCAUAAACGCAACGCUUCCAACAGCCAGAAGAACAGGAACAGGAUGGAGGACGACAGUCCUUUACUGAGGGAACGUGACGAGUCUGACGAAGAAACGAAUCGUUGUCAGGAUUCUUAACUAUGAGCUUUUCCCAUUCUUCCGAUUAUUCCAUUUUCAACGAGUUGCAGGUAAUUAGUUGCCAAAACGCUACUUUUGUAAGAUUCCGCUGUUGAAUAGUGAGAUUAUAGGUCGUGAGCUUAUCUGGGUAAGGCUCGUUAGUGCUGUGAAAUUAAGGAGUUAUGCCGAUAAGUAGAAUUUACACUGGAGUGAAAAUUAGUAAGGUAAAAACGGUCUUUUCAUUGAGAAUAUUCAUCCAUCAGGCCAUGUUGAAAACCAGCUGCAACGAUUAUCCGUUAAUGAAAGAAUUACUGACUUAAAAAUUAUAAAAUAUCUAGCUUAUCAGUCGAUAAACAGUAGUACAUCGCCACAAAAGUCCUUAUGUUCUACUAUUUUGACCCAAUGUAUUUCUUUUUAAGUAAAUUUCAAGUUCAUUACUAAAUCCUAGAAUGUUUCCAUUGAUACUUCCAUGUCAGAGAUGAUUGAUACAUAGAAGAAACAAUCCCGUUAGUCAAUCCAACUGAUUCCAGUUGUUCCAAAUAACAAGCUCUCAUCAAAAUCGUAGUAAGCCCCGAAAUUUCAAAAGUUGACGUUUUGUUUUGACAACACAAAACGUCAACUGUCAAAAGUUUAUAAAUUUUUGACGACGAAUCCAUCUUUGAUCACGCCUUUCGGAGUUUUUUUCACGAUGUUCAAUAAAUAGUUAUUAGAGCUAUGCGAAUGAAUCUUAACGAGAAAUAUUUCAAAUGUCUGCAUCCAAGUAUGAAUAAAAUUCAUUCUUGUCGCAUGACCUUCGAACUUGGAAUAUUGUGAUAUAAACAAAAUUAAUUCUUCAAAAUUCGUUCAACAGCGAACAAAAAAGGCUAGCAGAUUACAGAAAAGCUUGACAAACUUGCAUCUUCAAUUAAAGAAUUCGAAAAUUUGAAUUUGUCAAUGAUGAACUGGUAACUACUACUUGAAGUUAAACAUAACACACUUCUGGUUUUUUCAAUGUUUCCUUUUCAAAUACUAAAUACUGUUUCUUCGACAUCCCCGGUAUAUUCUUGUACUCAUCAAAACCUGUCAAUUGUGUCAAGCCGCUAUUGGAGAAUAGUGUAGAUUAUUGUAUGUUCGUAUUUUGAUUAUCGAAAAGUGUACUUAAUAUAUUGUAAAAAUAGACGUUUGAUAUUUACUUAUGUAACAACUUAAUGAGUACCUUAUAUGAAAAACCCGACGUGUUAUAAAAACCAUGAUGUAUUUUUGUGGAAGAUUAAAUUAUAUGAACAAGUCUACUUCCUGAAUUAAAGGAAUUAAAAAUGGUUGAUGCUCUGUAGAUAAUUAACUGAACGGCUUCUUUUGUUCAUGUCUGCUUUUGGGAUAGUUCAUAAUCAUACAUUAUAUAGGAGUAUUUUUUAUAUUAUUACAGUUAAAAUAAAAUUUUGAAUUCAUUGUA